AUGGUCCUGAUUGCAAUCCUAAGUGUCUCAGCUACAAUAACUUUUUCCUGUAUUGUACCUUUCCUUCCAACAGAAGCUACUAAACGGAAAGGCUUAAGUACAACAGAUGUUGGAUUUGUUAUUGGGUAUUAUCAACUUAUUCUAUUUAUUGCUUCCCCUGUUAUUGGAAAAUAUAUGGCUGUUUUACGUGCAAACCGAACAUUUGUUGGUGGAGUUGUACUUUGUGGUAUCAGUUCAAUAGCAUUUGGCUUGGCCGAUUAUUUGCCUUCUGGCCCAAUGUUUUUCUUUGGAUUACUAGUCUGCAGGACGACACAAGCUCUUGGUGGCGUUGCUUUUAACACUGCUUCUAUGACAAUUUUUGGAAGGUUAUUUCCCGAUAGAAUUUCCUUGGCAAUGGGUAUUAUUGAAGUUUCAUUUGGCCUUGGCAAUACUUUAGGGCCAGCAAUAGGAAGUGGCUUAUAUGAAGCCGGUGGAUAUAUGCUGCCUUUAUUUGUUGUUGGAUCUGCACAGUUGUUGCUUGUUUUGGUAGCCCUACCAUUUUAUCGUGGCCUUUUAUCUGAGGGUUUGUAUCAAUGUUUUUCCUGA